AUGCACCAGUCCGCGGAGAUUUCUGUCAUCCUCUCGACGCCGUCUGCGAAGACGCUAUGCCACUGGGCCAUCUACCUGCGCAUCACCCACGGCCACGACGUCCAGCACAUCCUCUACCAGGCCGCCGGUAACGCAGAGGAGCAGUUCGUGCUCGACGUCCGCCAGGAGGACCCGAAGGCGCUGGACACGUUCGAGCGGCAGAUCGACGUCUGCAUCAUCGACGGCGCGGCGGACGUGACGGAGGCGAGGGAGGUGGUGGAGGGGCAGCCGAUGCAGAACGGGAUCUCCACCUGGAGCUGCCAGGACUGGGUCGUGGACACGCUCGAGGCGCUGCACGAUGCUAGGCUAGUGGACGAUUAUGAGUAUGGGGCUGCGAUGACGACGCUUGAGGAUCUGUACAUCAAGUGAGGGUCUUCCGAGCUUGUACGAUUUUGUCCGUUGCCUACAAAACGUGGGGCACGGAUCAUUUGCAAUAGCGACAUUCGCUGCUCACAUUCGUCGGGACAGUAUCGAUACCGCACACCUAAACG